GGCCGCUCAGCUGUUCUUACCUGUUCCUUGGUCCAGCGCUGCAGUCUUCUCGCACCGGCUUCUUCCCGCCCGGCAUCUGUCCGCAGUGUCUGGUCAUGCCCUGUACUGUCUGCAGUCUCUGGUCAUCCCCUGUACUGUCCGCAGUCUCUGGUCAUCCCCUGUACUGUGUCUGCAGUCUCUGGUCAUCCCCUGUACUGUGAUCCACAGUCUCUGGUCAUCCCCUGUACUGUCCGCAGUCUCUGGUCAUCCCCUGUACUGUCCGCAGUCUCUGGUUAUCCCCUGUACUGUCCACAGUCUCUUGGUAAUCUCCUGUACUGCCUGCAGUCUGCAUCCCCUGUAGUCCGCAGUCUCUGGUCAUCCCCUGUACUAUGUCCGCAGUCUCUGGUCAUCCCCUGUACUGUCCGCAGUCUCUGGCAUCCC